AAGAAUCACCAGUGACAGUUCACCUGCACGUUGUUUUUAAUUUGUUUCCUUUUUCAACAACAAAUUAAUUUGCCGAUUUUUCAUUUAAAAAUAAUAUUUUUUUGUUAUAAAAUGGAAAUGGACUCGGGAAUUGAACAAUACUUUGAAGAGUACCAAGAUCUUGAGAUCCAUGAUUUAAUGCUUAAAGACAGACCUCGACAGGAGGCAUAUUCCAAAGCAAUAUCAAACAACAAACAUCUUUUCAAAGACAAAAUUGUCCUAGAUGUUGGUGCUGGAACAGGAAUUCUGUCAGCCUUCUGCGCCAAAGCUGGAGCCAAAUUAGUCUAUGCUGUUGAAGCAUCCGAUUUAGCUAAAAUAGCUCUCGAAGUUAUCGAAGAAAACGAAUUGACAUCCGUUGUUAAGGUUAUUCGAUCUAAAAUUGAAGAUUUCGUUCUUCCUGCUUCCAUGGAUAAAGUAGAUAUCAUAGUUUCCGAAUGGAUGGGUUUCUAUUUACUCCACGAAGGAAUGUUGGAUUCGGUUAUUUUUGCUAGAGAUAAGUUCCUCAAAGAAGGUGGCAUUAUGUUCCCUCAAGAGGCUACAAUACACGUUGCUCCAUGCUCUGUCCCGAGUUUAUACAAGUACUAUGAGAAUGUCGAUGGAAUUAAGAUGAAUAGGUUUGCGAAAAAGCUUCGCGCUCAAAAGUCCUCAAAACCAGAAAUAUGUUGUCUUGGGAAAGAAGAUCUUUUGGCUGAGGGAACUGUUAUGCAUUUCAUGAAUCUGGAAGAGGUGACAUUGGAGGAAAUUGAAGAGAUCAAAUUUGAUUCAGUUGUUCCGAUAGAGUAUGCAGGUCGUUUUGAAGGUUUAUGCAUUUGGUUUGAGGUUCUUUUUCCUGCAGAUAAUCGAGAAGAUUCUGUUAUAUUAUCAACGGAACCACAUUCUCCUGCCACACAUUGGAAACAAUGUGUCGUUGUGUUGCCAGAGGAGGCUUGCAUUGAUGUUGAGAAGGAUGAGCCUGUUAGUUUUUUCAUCUCAAUGAAACGGAAUGCCGAUAAUGCACGCAGAUAUAAUUUGGAAGUUGAAGUGAAGGAUUCAGAUAAAGUAGAACAUCCGUUGCCAUGCAGCUGUCAUAUGACCAAAUGUAUUCUUAUGAAAGCGCAUUUCGAUAGAGUUGAGGCUGGUGAAAUGGUUGUUGACGAUGAUGAGGGUGUACAGGUGGAUAAUACUGAAGAGUGACAUUGAAUUGUUGUUUAAUUUUAUACUUUAAAAAGUUUUAUGUUUAUUUUAUUUUUACAUAAAAAAUAAUAUUAAAUCGAAAAA